AUGGCGACAAAGAGCCAGGGAGAGUCCAAUGACCAUGCCACGAAGGAGGGGGACACUGAUAACAGUAUGGUGAUUUUGGAGAAUGCAUAUCAGUUCUGCGGAUUCAAUCUGAAGAUUAAUCGAUUCAUCAACGCGAAUCUUGGCUAUUCUGCCUAUGUUUGGGAUGCAGGCAUUUUUCUUUGCCAAUACUUUGAGAAAGAGAAUAUCAAUUUUAUUGGGAAGAAGGUGAUUGAGCUGGGAUCGGGCACCGGAAUCGUGGGAAUUUUAACAACUCUACUUGGUGGAGAUGUCACUAUAACAGAUAAAUCGAUUGUCAUGAAGCAAAUCGAUAACAACAUCGUCAUCAACGUCCCAGCUGCAUGUAGACACCGUAUCAAGGCCCGUCCCCUGAUUUGGGGGGAAGACCACACUAACUUCCCCACUGGCUAUGACUUCAUCCUGGGCUCGGAUAUUACGUACAGCUCCAUGGCCCACCCGGCUCUACUAGAAACACUGUGUUAUCUCUCCCGGAAAGGAACCACAAUUUACCUCUGUUCCGAAAUACGAACCAAGAAUGGCAGCCUCUCUUUCCAGAACGAAUUCCUACCUCAGUAUUUUAACUGCCAGGUCCUUGCCACGUCAGAGAGCAAAGACAUAAUUCUGCACAAAUUUACCAGAAUUGGUGGUUCAAGCCCCGGAGAUGGGGCCGUAACUGGAAACAAAUGAUUUCUCGAUGACUAGGGUUGAACGC